CGCCAACAUACACAAGCUGAAUGGCCGCAAGUACGGUCGAUGUCCAAGCUGUAGAACAAAGGUCUGUACCUUGUGCAACAACAAGUUCCAUACCAAUGGAGACUGUCCAAACGACCCCGACACAAAGAGACUGGUCGACAUGGCUAAAGAGAAGGGACGGCAACGUUGCCACAACUGCAGAGCCAUGGUCGAGCUGAAGGAGGGCUGCAACCACAUGACUUGCCGAUGCGGCGCCGACUUCUGCAUGAUUUGCGCCAGUCCUUGGAAGACGUGUGCAUGCCCCUGCUUCAACUAUGCCACCGUCUCAGAUCGAGAUCGCUUGAAUCAUAUGCGCGUCCCGGAAACACUCGUCAACCAGCCACGACACGACAGAAACGACCCUAAUGAAAGAAACGAACGACACGAAAGACGCAGGAGUGACUCUCGAAACCCUGCUUUGACCUACCAACAAGAGCUCGACGCUCGAAGACGUCAAGAACGUGCUGACGAGGCCUUGGCUCGCCGUCUGUCAACCACUACCGUCAACGAUCGUCCACCUUCUGAACCCCGUCCUCGCCGGCGUGAUACAGUCACUGAAGAAGUCUUUGGCAACCGCGGCGACCACUUUCUCAACGACAACUACCUCUCCACCGUUCCCCGCAUCAAUGCCAGUGUCAUCGGCGACGCUGCAUUUGCUCGUCGUGGUGAACGCGAAAGUGGUCGCAGGUCCAGACGACAGUCCACUUUUCUCUUCGACAAUGACCCUGGUCUGGUGCUCAAUGCUUUCGGCACUGAGAGCAUGCUUGGACUGGCCGUCCAACCUCCUGCCAGACGACCAAGCCUACGAGAACGAUUGGGCAGUAUCAGCAGUCAGAAUGGUCGCGACAGAGUUGGCGGUUGGUUGAACAGGCUUGGCUGAAAUGAACGACCACGUCCUCAUGAUGAAAAUGAGAUUGCUUGAUUACUUUCACAACAUUGCUAGAUACCCGACGAAUCCAUAACGAUACUUUUUGCUGUUUCAAUUCUAGGUCCAAGCCUUUCUGAAACCCGCCAUCACAUCCAGCAGCCAUCAUAUAUCAUGAAGGAUGAAAAGUGAUACAUCCACCUUGGUCUUAAGCUCAGUAAGCAUGGGAGCCUCGAAUUGCGAGUUUGAGUUUUGAGGACGGGCAGAUGAAGAUAUC